AUGGCUCGCGCAAAACAAGGUGGACCGGCCUCUAAAAAGGCCCGGCGGCUGAAGGAGAAGGCGGUCACGCAAACGGCGCUGCGGAGAAAUAGAAAUGCGAAGCCCGUUGUCGUCAGCGAUACCGAGAAACCACAACCACCGAUGGACACAGAAAUCGUCCUUGUGGAUCUGCAGGACGAAGAUGGAGAUAUGGACGAUGUUGUUGUUGUUUCCGAGAAUGAGGACGAUGUGGUAUCUGCGGAAGAAAACGGCGCCUCAGAGCUGGAGCUGGCUCAAGUAGCAGAACCAAUAGCAGGCUCCAAUCCAAGGAAGAGACGGUACUCAGAGGCUGAAAACGAGGUCGCAGGAAAUAAUGACUUUAUUGGUUUUGGCUUCACAUCCAGCGAAGAUGAGGCAGAUCCAAACGGGGCCGAAAACGAUGGCCAUAACUCCGAUGAUGGAUACCUAAGUGACGACGGCUCCGGCGCCUCGUAUGUGCAAGCAUUGAGCACAUCGGCGUACCCAUGGGUGAAGGGCCAAGAUCAUUCCAAACAGAAGGAGAUCGCCGAUUGGCUCACGCUCGAAAUCAAGGAUUUUGUCAACUACAUCUCGCCCUCGAAGGAGGAAAUCACCACCCGUAAUGAUAUCAUCAACAACUUGAAGGCCAACAUCUCCCAUUUUUGGCCCUCAACGCAGGCGCACGUGUUUGGCUCCUCUGCUACCGACUUGUACCUCCCGGGCUCCGAUAUCGACAUGGUGGUCAUUUCCACCACUGGAGACUAUGAAGAGAGAUCUCGUCUCUACCAGCUCUCAUCAUAUCUUCGAAAAAAUGGCCUCGCGAAGAACCUCCAGGUCAUUGCCAAUGCAAAGGUGCCCAUCAUCAAAUUUGUGGAUCCCACACACAACGUGCAUGUCGAUAUCUCCUUUGAAAGGUCAAAUGGUCUCGAUGCUGCGCGCAGAAUUCGUAAAUGGCUCUCUCUGACGCCAGGUCUUCGUGAAUUGGUACUCAUAAUCAAACAGUUCCUUCGUUCCAGAUGGCUCAACGACGUCCACGUCGGUGGCCUUGGAGGCUAUUCCACAAUCAUCAUGGUGUACCACUUCUUGAAGCUACAUCCGCGUCUUUCGACCGGCAACGUGUCUGCGAUGGAGAAUUUGGGAACCUUGCUAAUAGAAUUCUUCGAACUUUACGGUCUCAACUUCUCCUACGACAGGCUCUUGUUUGCAAUCGACCCGGUCAAUGAUACUCCAAAAUACAUGCUCAAAAGCGCAUGUCCACAGCAUAGAUCCUUUAAGGGUCUGUUUGCAAUCGUGAUCCAAGAUCCCUCCGACCCACAGAAUAACAUCACUCGUUCAUCAUACAACUUAAACGGAAUAAAGAAGGCAUUCGUGGGAGCAUAUCAUCUCCUAGUUGGUAAAUGCUUCGAGUUGCACGCAGCAUCGUUCAAGGAGCGGGUCGGCGCGCUGAUUUUGGGUGACAUUAUCAAGUUCAAUGGUAAAGAUAGAGAUUUCAAUGACGACAGAGACAAAGUGAUUAACGAUGCAUUGAUCGAUCAUGGUUAUGAGGAUAGUGAGAGCGACGGCGCUGACGGAAAUGACAAGUAUUACUUCUCAGAUAUGACCGAGGAGAGUGCAGAUGAUGGCGCACCUUUCUUUGACGCCUCUUCGAAACACAAAUCGGAUGCCGCAUCAAAACCAUCUUCCAAAGCCGCAUCAAGAGCAUCUUCGAAAGCCCCAUCGAAAGCCUCUUCCAAGGCCCCAUCCAAAGCACUGUCGCCUGCUCCACAGCUCACUUCCAAGCCACGCGCAGAUGGUAAAAAGGUCGAAGACUUCAUGAGCUUAGGACAAAACUCCGACGCAGAAGAGAAUGACGGUGGCGCGCAAAAACCUCAAAAGUCCCAAAGCUUGCUCGAGAAAGAUACAAAGCGUGAGUUUUGGAAACUGAAAGGUCUCCAUCCAGCCAACCAACCUAUAUAA